UCCAGCUCUGCCUGUGUCACAUGGAAGCAGGGUAGCUGAGCUGAGGGGAUGCGAGCAGAGAUGGAGGGGGCUUAAGGGACCGAGGAGCACAAACCCGCCAGUUGGAGAUAAUUUUGGAGACGCAGAAGCAUCGGCGCCGUCUUUAUCAGCAGCAGCAGUGGGAGAAGAAUCAGGAUCAAGGGGGGGACACGGACACGCAGGCUGAGCUCUUCCCAGCCUCUCCUCUUGGCUGGCUGGGGGGUGCGCGGACAGGGCGCAUGAAGGAUGCCACAUGAACUAUGCUGCAUCCCCGCUCUGUGAAGCCCAGCGAAGAAGCGCAGCAUGCGGUUCCGCGGUGAUUAUGCUGGCAGCGAGCUGCUGGUCUGAGGGGAAGCAGAAACUGAAGGAAGCGACCGGAGCUGAUGCUGCGCCUCCCCAAACCUCUGAGCUGAAUCCCAGUGAGACCGUGGCCCUUUGCUGCGUGGAUGAGCAUAAGGGUGUGAGUGUGUGUGUGUGUGAGAGCAAGUGAGCGCCAGCGCUCCCACAUGGCCUCCAUGCAGGACGGGCUGAACUUCACGGCUCCUCCCUACGGCAAGGUCCUGCUGCUGGGUGCUAUCGCUGCUGCCUCAGCCUUUGUUGUUACCAUCCUUAUUGUGGUGCUCUGUGUGGGCUGCCAGAGAAAGGGGAAGACACACAAUGUCUCCGGUGAAGGUGGAAAACACCGCCUCAUGGACAUGGGAAUACUCAAGCAGUCAAAGCUGCGCUCCAUCAAGGCAUCUAAUAAGAAACGUCCAGCCAGCAUGGACCUUCUGCUGCUGCCCAGCCGCUGGUCUAACUCUGACCUUCGUUCUCAAGGCAGGCAGCUUCCCCAGAUCCCCUCUGGGACUGGAGAGGACAGCGAGCACACUUAUUCAGAAGUGGGCCAGCGUUCCUCCACUACACGUACUGACGAUGCCCUCUACGCCAUGGUAGGCAGGGCCGGGCAGACGGACACUCCGGCCCCUCCGGCCGUUCCCGCCAACACCCCGGCGCCCCCGGAUCCGGACGGCGAGGUGGAUGGAGCGCUACCCGAACCCGAGGCCGCGGUCAUGUCUGCCCCGCACCCUCCAGAGACGGCGGAGUACGCCUGCGUCAGGAAACUGCGGAAGGCUGAAAAGGCGCCUCAGAAGAGGGACAGUGGGACGGACAUGGCAGAGCCGCCAGCCCCGCCUUUACGCCACGGCCCGCCGUCGCAUCCCGCCCCUCCACCACCACACCCCCACAGCACAAAGUUGCCUCGUAGAAACAUUGAGGCCUUCAACGUCCCAUCAUUCCCAAAGGAAGUGAUGUUUAUGGGCAAUGGAGAGCAGUACAUCUGGAAGCCUCCGGAGGAUGAUGACAUGCUGAUGCUCCAGAAUAAAGCUCUGGGUCCGCUGGGAGCGCAUACAGUGGAGAAUAUACAACCGUCUGCUGCAGUGGUGGCUGAGAUGUACUCAAAAGUGUGCAAACCUGGAAAGAAGAAGAGAACGAUGCCGGGAUCUCCCCCAGCCAACCUCGGCUUCAGGACCUUAGGUCGAGGGGACUGGGACCGGGAUCGAGACGGUGGAUUCAGCGUGGUGGUCAAACCCCAGACGUGGGCCCCUCAAGAGGGCAAAGCCGUCGGGGGAUCCCUGGACGACCACUGCUACGAGUCCAUCGGCACGGAGGAGUGCGACGCGGCGUACGAUAACAUGGAGGGUGGAGGCGCCUGGAAACGGGAGAGGCCUCCGAACACAUGUGCCACGCUGCGGCCGAGGAGGAAGAAAGCCCAGCAGCCCCUGCAGCAGCAGCACCCUCCUCCACCGCCGCCCACGCAGCAGACCCCCAAGUUACAACACCUGCCCGCCAAAGCCCUGCUGCUGCCGGGGGAGAACCUGUACGAGAGCAUCGGCGACCUGAAGCAGGGCUCCGCCACCUCCAGCACCACCACCAUCUUCACCUUCAACGACGGCAUGGAGAUGUACGUUACAGGGCUCUGAGGCAGCGGCUGCACUGUGACCCCCCCAUCACCUUUCUGAGCUUACACCACCAGGAGUGACUGCUGGGUCCCUGCCAUGCUCACCCACACAUACUGUUUACAUUCGAGUCAUAUCAUCGGGCCUUUCACAGGCUCCAGAGGCCUUGGGUGGUAAUGUUGAUCUGUUAUGACCUGGGCUGAAUACAAAGUUCUGUCUGCAAACCUUAAAGGAAUCCAAAGGUAGUGAAUAAUAAAUGAGCACAAGACCAUUGCAGAGCAAUCUGUAGGUGAACAGUAGCACUUCAGUUUUACUGAUACAUCUGUGCAAAGCACAAUAAAGUUAGAAGCCUAAAUUCUUCCUCAAGUCGAGCGGGUAAAAAUAGUCCUAUAUUCGGUCCGAGCUGGACCUCUAAUUGGGGAAAUAUUUUAGUAGCACUUAGUCUGUGGUGAACAGGCCUUCCCUGUAUAUUUGAUCAGAUGUGAAUUUAAAUGAAACAUUAAUCAAAACACUUGAAAGCUCAGGGACCAAGAAGAAAAACUAAUUAUAAAGAGCGUUAUAAUAUAAAAUUGCACACAUUUUGCAUUCCUCCUAAAAGCUUCAACAAAUUGAGACCAUUUCACCUUAAAAAAAAAAAUAAAAAAAGCCAAUCGGAUACUUCCCUCCAUGAAGUUUCAUUGGACACGGACUGAACACUGUCUCCACUGCUGUCUGUAUAUGAAAGUGUUUUACUUUGUCGAUCCUGUUCCUGCACUUUGCCUGCUACAAGUUGCAUGCCUAAAAAAAAUAAAUUAAAUAAAAGCAAAAAAAACAAAACAAAACAAAAAAAAAACACCGUUAUGUGGUUUCUCUAUAUGAAUGUUUUUAUUUUCAUUUGUAGUUUGGUCGUUUCCCUUUUCUUUCUGUUCUUACCGUGUUGCUUUAUUUCUCUGUGGAGCUCAAACCGUUGUGAUGAAGGAUGUGUUUGGCUUAGUGGGGAUCAGCGCAGCCGAAAGGAAGCGUCUAAAUGCUCUGCUGCGCCUGCGGCUCACAGGAGGAACUGUUCGAGUCAUAGAUGUGGAGACGGUACCCCCCCCCCCCCCACCCCCUCAACAUGCCCUGUCUGCUCAGUCACAUCUGUGGAUCAUCAGAAGCUUGUGUUAGCAAACAUCAUGUCUCAUCACCAACCCAUCAAUGAACACACUCUCUGUUAUCAGUGUUAAAGUAUAUCGCAGGAAAAAAAAAAGAAAAAAGAAAAAGAAAAACAUGAAGCAAAAGAGCAUCAACCCCCCCACUGAGGAUAAAAAAAACCUAAUUUUACAUCCAAAACCUGAACAAUAAAAGCAACUUCACUCAACCAAAUAUCCCCCAAACAAACAAUGUGAUUAUACUGUAUGUUGAUGCAACGUGUAUGUACAUGACAAAAAGAGAAAGAAUAAUAAAUAUAUCAUCAGUGUCAAGAAAAUCUAUCUUUUUCUAUUAUGUUCAGUUGUGUUUUUUUUUUUUUUUUUUUUUUGGAAUGACUUAUAUUGUGACACAAAACUGCAAAACAGCUGCAAUGUAAAAAGAAGAAAAAAAAAACUCAAAAAAAUAUUGCGUGUUACUCUCUGUUUGUUGUUUUCUCGAAGCCAUGAAGCUCUGUUGUGUUCUUGGAAAAAGCCCUGCUAAGUUUUAAAUGUGGCAGCUAAUGUUGUGUGUUUGCUAUUCAGACUACAGGGUCUUGUAUUCGAACAAGCGUGUAAUUUAAGUGCUAAAGUGCAAAAGAUUGUAAUGUUUUAUAUCAAGAUUACUAUUCAUGAAAUGUCAAGUCAAGUUUAUACUUUUGUAAUAAAGUGGCACUUUAAAAAAAA